AUGUAUCGUCUUUGUUCUCUUAGCAGAUAAGCAUAAUUUCUUGCACCUACCUCCAUCUUCUCUGUUCUUCUUCUCUGGUCAAAAAGAUCCAAAUUUGAACCAAGAAAACCAUGGAUCUGGCACCAGAACACCUCCAAAACUUGAGUUUAGCUUCAAUUUUCAAAGAAUCACUUUCCAUCCCAAAGAGAUCUCCACAAACUUUUUACAGAAUCACUUUUAGCUUAAUCCUGCCACUCUCUUUUGCAAUCUUAGCCCAUUCCUUCUUCACCCAUCCAAUUCUUUCUCAACUCCAUGAAAACCCAAGUGCUUCUCAUGCUUCUCAAUGGACCAAACUCCUUUUCUACCAAUUCUGCUACUUGGUUUUCCUCUUGGCCUUCUCCCUCCUCUCAACCUCUGCUGUUGUUUUCACUGUCGCUUCUCUUUACACUUCAAAGCAAGUAUCUUUCGCCUCAAUAAUCACUGCUAUGCCUAGUAUCUUGAGGCGCCUCUUCAUUACUUUCAUAUGGGUUUUCCUUUCCAUGCUUGUUUACAACGCUGUCUUGUCCUUUUUCAUUGUUCUUAUGUUGAUUGCCUUUGAGAGCAAAAGCAAGAACAGUGUUGCUCUGUUUUUAGUCUCUGUUUUUGUCCUCUCUGUUUUCUUCCUUGUUGUUCAUGUCUACUUAAGUGCCUUAUGGCAUCUUGCUAGUGUGAUUACUGUUCUUGAGCCAAUUCAAGGCCUUGCUGCUUUAAACAAAAGCUAUGAGUUGUUAAAAGGGAAAAUUAGGAUGGCGGCUGUGUUGGUUUUGGGGUACUUGGUGAUUUUUGGUGUGAUUAGUAGUGCUUUUGGUUCAAUUGUGGUGGAUGGCGGUGGGUACAAUGUUUUUGCUAGAAUUGUGAUUGGAGGGAUCUUGAUUGGUGUGCUUGUGGUUGUGAUUUUGGUGGGGCUUUUGGUGCAAAGCUUGUUUUACUAUGUAUGCAAGAGUUAUCAUAAUGAGAGGAUUGAUAAGAGUGCUUUGUAUAAUCAUCUUGGUGGGUAUUUGGGUGAGUAUUAUGAACCUCUUAAAGGGAACAUGCAAAUUGAUGAUAGCUUGGAGGUGGAGAUGAAAGGUGGAGAGGCUGCUUGAUGCUUGUUGAGUUUUGCUGUAAUUGUGUUGAGAUAAAGAGUAAAAUUAAUAAAGCUUAGCACUUCAUUUCCUUUUUUUAUGUUGAGUCAUAUGUGUUUGUAAUGAAAUGCAAUUGUAAUGGAAGCGACGAUUACUGUAAAUCAGUGUAUAUAACUUUAACUACGAA